AUGGCUUUCGACGAUAAGGAGAAGUACACGGCUGAUGUGUCGCCGCCAUCUCUAACUACCGAUGGUGACAUCGAGGUCGGUCAGACGGGACAAUUGAAGAGACAAUUAAAGGGCAGACAUAUGCAAAUGAUCGCGAUUGGUGGUUCCAUCGGAGCUGGUCUAUUCGUCGGCUCAGGCUCUGCACUUUAUUCUGGUGGUCCGGCUUCAUUGGUUAUUGACUUUAUCAUCAUCGGUAUCAUGUUGUUGCUUACUGUUAAUGCUUUAGGAGAACUUGCUGCUCUAUAUCCUGUCGAAGGUUCCUUCUACAAUUACUCUGUCCGCUUUAUUGAUCCUGGUUGGGGUUUUGCUAUGGGGUGGAACUAUGCUAUCAAUUGGCUCAUCGUUCUUCCCUUUGAGUUAACGGCUGCCGGUAUUACAAUUGGAUUUUGGACCGAUCCGGAUAAUUCUGGUAAUCCAUCAGUGAAUGUUGGAGUCUGGAUUACUAUUUUCCUCGUCAUGGUUACUGUUAUCAAUCUCUUCGGUGUCAAAGGAUAUGGAGAAGUCGAAUUUGUUCUCGGUUUAAUCAAAGUAGUAGCUGUCAUCGGCUUCAUCAUUCUCGGUAUAAUCAUCGAUUGUGGUGGUGUCCCUACUGAUAGCCGUGGCUACAUUGGCGCCAAAUAUUGGUCAAACCCUGGCGCUUUCCGCAAUGGAUUCAAAGGUUUCUGUUCAGUCUUUGUGACAGCAUCCUUCGCGUUCGGUGGAACUGAACUUGUAGGACUAGCUGCAGCAGAAGCCGACAACCCGAGGAAAUCAAUUCCUAAAGCCACCAAACAAGUCUUCUGGCGUAUCUCUCUCUUCUACAUCAUUUCGCUCUUCCUCUUAGGCCUCAUCGUCCCCUCCAACAACGAUAUUCUAUCAAAAGCUUCCGGAGGUCACACAGCCUAUUCCCCCUUUGUCCUCUCCUUCCGUCUUGCAGGAAUCAAAGUCCUACCCUCUAUCUUCAAUGCCGUCAUCACUCUCUCCGUCAUCUCAGUCGCCAACUCCUGCACUUUCGCCUCGACACGUACCAUCCAAGCUCUUUGCGCUAAAGGCAUGGGUCCAUCCUGGGGUGCAAAGGUCGAUAAAAGUGGCCGCCCAUACAUUGCCAUCGCCAUUUCCCUCGCUUUCGGUUUCCUCGCCUACAUAAAUCUUGCUCCUCAAGGCUCCACUAUCUUCACGUGGCUCCUUUCUCUCUCCGGUCUCUCCAAUUUCUUCACCUGGGGCUCUAUCUGCUUUGCUCAUAUCCGUUUCCGCAAAGUGUGGGCCAUGAAUGGUCGCACCAAAGACGAUCUUCCCUUCGCAGCUAUGUUCGGAACAAUCGGAUCAUGGAUUGGUCUUCUUCUUGUCUGCCUUUGUCUUGUUGCUCAAUUCUACGUCGCUCUCUUCCCCAUUGGUGGAAAACCAGAUGCACAAGCUUUCUUUGAAGCUUAUCUAGCUGCUCCAAUUGUUAUUCUCUUCUUCGUUGGGUACAAACUGUACUAUAAACAAUGGUCGGUUGGUGUUGAUCUCGACCAAAUCAAUGUUGACGAGGGCAGAAGGGAAAUGGAUUUGGUAGCAUUUAGAGAGGAGCUAGAUGAGGAGAGAAGAGUCAAGGCUGCUUGGCCUUGGUGGAAGAGACAGUGGGACUUCUGGAUGUAG